AUGGGCAUAUGUACAUCAUGUUACUCCGGUUCCACCGCCACCAGCACGACCACCGUUACCCCCGCCACCGUUAAACUCAUCCUAUUAGACGGCCGACUUAGAGAAUUCGCAUAUCCAGUUAAAGUAUUCAUGGUGGUACAAACAUUAAAUUCUUUCAUAUGUAACGCGGAUAAUAUGGAUUUUAACGAUUAUGUUACAGCCAUGCAAGAAGAUGACGUGUUACAUCCUGGUCAACUUUAUUUUGAGUUACCGUUAAGUUGGUCAAAUAAGCGUUUGCCUGCUGAAGAUAUGGCUUCUUUGGCAGUAAAAGCUGGUGCGGCGCUUAAGGCGGUUAAUGGUAGUGGUGGGAAAGUCGGGUGUGGUUGCUGGGCUAAACGGGUUGACCCGGUGGUGUUUUACGAUGGUGAGAGUGGUGGAAGUCGUAGAGGAAGUGGUGGUGGUGAUAAAGGGCGGUUGUUGACAAGGCUUGAGAGGAUAGUUGAGUGA